AUGGAUCUUGAUUGGAGAAGUACUUUAUCGAAUCAAGAGAGAUCUAAGUAUAUUACUGAGUUGGCCCAAAUUUUGGCUGAUAUAAGUCAGAUUAACGGCGGAACGCGUGCUAACUUUGACCUGGAAAAGCUGACGAAAACUGCAGAACAGUUUGAGACCAGCUUAUAUGCUAGUAGUAGCUCGAAGGAGUUUUACCUAGAUGCUAUGCGGAAACGGAUCUCGGCUAUGGACGCGGCAAAAAAGAAGACUUUAGUAAAGCAGAAGCAGAAAGCAGCUCAUGCAGUUGCUGCAGCUCAAGCAUCGCAUCAGCAAAGGAAGCAGGUUUCCAAUGGCUCUGGUGGUUUUGCUUCAGGCUUGACAAAUAGUAUCGAUCCAAGUAUGAAUUCGCAGAUGUUUUUAAAUCAGCAGGCGCAGGCGCGUCAGCAGGCAGCAAGACCGAUGAGGCCAGGUGCUCUCCCGGCUGGAAUCCAAGGUUCUGGUACUCCAACCAACCAGGCUCAGAUGUUGAUGUUAAAGCAGCAGCAACAGCAGCAACAGCAACAGCAGCAACAGCAACAGCAACAGCAGCAACUUCAGGGAAUGUCCUCCAAUUUAGUUGCUGCAGCACAAGCUAAGCGGGCGCAGUUAUCCAUUCAGCAACAUCAACUAAUUAAUGAGAUGAAAGUAGCAGAGAUUCCAAAGGAAUUGUUACAACGCAUUCCGAACAUUCCUCAAGGAGUCACUACUUGGCAGCAGAUAACAGAAUUGGCCCAACAGAAACGUUUAACACAGAACGAUUUACAAAUUGCGAAACAGGUAUAUCAAAUGCAUCAGCAGCUUCUCAUAAAGUCUAAAAAACAACAGGCUAGUGUGAAUCAGAUGAACAUUCAACAACAAUCGAAUGCAUACCAACAACAACAACAACAACAACAACAACAAAAGUCUAUGUUUGCGCAGCAGGCUGCAGUGGUAGCUCAGCAGCAGCAAUCUCAGCAACCACAGCAACCGCCACAACUAUCUCCACAGCAGCAACAACAACAACAGCAACAACAACCCUCACAACAACAGCAACAACAACAACAACAGCCUCAACAACAGCAGCAGCAGCAGCAGCAGCAGCAACAACAACAGCAACAAAAACAGCAGCAACAACAACAACAACAACAACAACAACAACAACAACAAAGACAGAUGGGGCCACAACAGUCACAAGAGGUACCAAAUGUCUUGAAUAAGUUGAAUCAGGUAUUUGCCCCUGCAGAGCAGAAGGCAUUGUAUGAAAACGGUAAAAAACUAGUCCAAGGCUUACAAUUAGCUGGUAAGUUGCCAGCGACGUUAAACCAACAACAACAGAUUUUAUACAUAAAAAAGUACAUCAAUCAAAUGGUUCUAAAAAAGUUGCAACAGAAUAUGCGGUUGGCUCAACAAAUGGGUGCAUCGAACCCGAAUAACAACCAGCAGCAGAUCAAUAAUCAGCCUGCAAGUCGGUUGACACCUGGGAUGAGCCAGAUGCAUCAACAGCAGCAGACAACUGCGCCUCAGCAGCAAAUGCAGCAGAGACAGCAGAGACCACAACAUCAGCAACAGCUACCCAUACAAUCACAAAUUCAGUUACAGAUGCAGCAGCAGGCACAGCCGCAACCACUAGCGCCACAGCAGCAGCAACAGCAACAACAGCAACAACCUCCACAACCUCCACAACCUCCACAACCUCCACAACCUCCACAACCUCCACAACCUCCACAACAAUCACCGCAGCAGCAGCAACCACCUCAGCAACCUCAGCAACCUCAGCAACAGCAACCUGUGCAACCACCUCAACAACCACCUCAACCACAGCAAUCGCAGCAGCAACAAGCACAGCAUCCUCUGAGCGGCAUGGCACAACACCAAUACUCUAGCCCUAGUCUAAAUAAAGCGACUACAAACAAUGUGCUACCACAACAAGCUACCCAACAGUCAAAGUUAAGACAGUCUCCAGCUCAGCCAUUGCAAGUACCGAAAAUAUCAUUACCAAGACCCACCGAGCAAGAUAUGAUGGUAUUGAAGAGAAUCAAUGCGGAGGUGGCCAAGUCUCCGUUGAGGCUUUCUAACAUCACUAACCAAUUGACUAUUGAACAGAAGCAGUCUAUUAAAAAUAAAUUGCAGUCCAGUCAGCAAUUGUUAUCAAAUGUUGAUAACUUUAUCCCCAUGUUGUAUCUGAUAACUAGAAAUGAGGAAAAUGUCCGUCAGCUUUUGCAAAUUAGAAUGUUAGCCAAGGAAAUUAUCGAUCAUGCCUCUAAAGGUAUCUUUAUUGUUCCCCCUGACGUUGUCGAUAAGGUGAUCUUCAGAUAUCAGAAGUAUUAUGAGUUUAUAAAGGAGCAGUUACUUCGGAGACACCAGCAGAUGUUGACUACCCGCCAGCAGCAGCAGACUCAGCAGCAGACUCAGCAGCAGUCCCAACAGCAGGUUCAACAGCAGGUUCAACAGCAGCAGCAGCAUAUCAGGCAACAGCAGCAAGAGAAGCACCAGGCUCAGCACCAGGCUCAGCACCAGGCUCAACAGCAAGCUCAGCAGCAAGCUCAACACCAGGCUCAGCAGCAAGCUCAACACCAGGCUCAGCAGCAAGCUCAACACCAGGCUCAGCAGCAAGCUCAGCAGCAAGCUCAGCAGCAAGCUCAGCAGCAGGCUCAGCAGCAAGCUCAGCAGCAAGCUCAGCAGGCUCAGCAGCAGGCUCAGCAGCAGGCUCAGCAGCAGGCUCAGCAGCAAGCUCAACAGCAGGCCCAGCAGCAGGCUCAACAGGAAGCUCAGCAGCAGCAAUCACAAGCACAGCAACUUCAUCACCAAGCCCAUAAUUUAACUCAUCAGAUCCCUGUAAGCACACCUUCUUCUCGGAUGCCUUCACAUCCAAAUGUUGCUAGUCCACAUGCUCCUGGUAGCGUACCAGUUAACGCUCCUGCGAAGAUUGCUAAUGAAUCUAAGGCCCUUUCUGGUAUGUCUGUUACGCCAGGAAGCGUUCAUGUGUCUGGGUUGUCUCCAAUGAACGUAAAACAGUCUUUAGCUACGCCUGUUUUAGCUCAGCUUCAGAAAUCUUCUGUAAGUCAAUCUGCAGCCCAAUCACCUCCCUCCGAAAAUCCAUAUAGGCAAGAUGAAAUGAAACUAAAAGAUUUGGCGCUCAAAAAAUCUGAAAUUGUAUCAAGAUACAAACAUCGUCAAGAGGUUUUAAGUGGUUCUGUAAUGGAUCUAUUUCUAUUUACUUUAGCUGACUGUUUGGGCAUUAAGGAAGAAUCUGUUGAGCUAGUAUCACCGAUUAAUCCUAUGAUAGUUGAUCAAAUAAACGGUACAGGAAAGAAGAAGUUCACUAAAGCCCAGCAGAGGAUUAGGGAUCACGAUACUGUUGACUGUUAUAUUAAAGAUAAUAAGCUUAUUAUGCCAAGUAAAUUCUCCCCUGGUAACCGUACAUACGGCAUCCCGCUUAAAGAACUGGGUUAUUGCUUCAAAAAUUUGUACGGGCCCACUGAUCCCAGGGAAUUUGUCCUCAAUAAUUCAAAUGCUGAAAAUGCGAUUGAAACGAAUAAUAAAAAGAGGGCAUAUGAUUCUUUGGAAAUCAGUCCUGCAGAAUCGGACUCAUCUUUUUUAAACGAUUCAAAACGGUUCAAAGUUGAUUCACCGGAUGACUUAUUCGUGAAUGCGAACGCUACGAUGGUUAAGAAGAAUGCCCCUCCAAUAGGUCUUGGUUUGGGUGUAAAUAUGAAUGAUGCUGGAAACAAGGUUUGGAACUGGAGCUAUUGGGAAUCGUUAUGA